CCUCCGUUACCGCCGCCCGCGCGCCGCCUCACGGCCGGCUCGCGAGCAGGGCCCGGGCCGCCGCACUCCGCCCAGCGGGACCGCGGCCAUGGAGGGAGGGAAAAAGCGCCAGGAUAAAGACACAUCAAAAGGAAAAAAGACAUAUCAGGAUGCUUCAGGCACGGCUCCAACAGAAGAAAAGGCAAAGCCAAAAGGCCGUAACACGUACAGACUGGAGCCACGUACUAAAGUUCAGGACAGUUUAAUAAGAGACAAAGCUCAAGCAAUACUAACGAAUAAACUACAAGAAGCCACAUACGAUGGAGCUUCUAGUCCCUUCUUGUGUGCUUCAAUCUCAGAAGAUAUAUUAAAGGCUGUGAAGGAAUUGGACUAUGACCGUUAUAAGUAUGUGGUAUCAGUGCUAAUUGUGGAAAAGGCAAACCAGGCAAUGAUUGUUGCCAGCAGAUGCCUCUGGGAUGAUCAAAGGGACACUUGGGUUUCAGCUAAAUGUGAAACCGAUACAUUUAUUGCACUGGCUUUGGUAAUGGCUUGUUAUUACGACUAAAACUCUGAAAGACACAGCUACACUCCUGCAUCACAAUACGUGGUAUAUUUGAAAAUUUUCGAA